CCAUCCUCUUACGCCUGCCUAGGUAUUACUGAAAAGACCAAGUUCGGCUUUAAUUCUUCAUAAAUUCUUUCUGAUUCUUCCCAGGCUAGUAAUACCCGGAAUCAAGUACUACAAAAGUGGGAAAACCCGAACUAAAAAAAGAAGUGGCGGCGUCAUGGCGGCCCAAUUCGAGAAUCUGCCAGACGAGCUCAAGCUCGCGACGGCGGCGCACGUGAAAUACGUCCAGAGCCUGGAUACCCGCAAAGACGAGUACGACUACUGGCUGACGGAACACCUGCGCCUCAACGGCCUCUACUGGGGCCUGGUCGCGCUGCACCUGCUCGGCCAUCCGGAGGCUCUCCCGCGCGCUGAGACGAUUGAUUUCGUGCUCUCGUGCCAGCAUGAGAGCGGCGGGUUCGGGGCCGCGCCGGGCCAUGACGCACAUAUGCUGUACACUGUUAGUGCUGUGCAAAUUCUGGUCAUGAUUGAUGCGCUGGAUGAGUUGGAGGCGAGGGGGAAGGGGAAGGCGCGGGUUGGCAAGUUCGUUGCGGAUCUCCAGAACCGUGAAAGCGGUACCUUUGCGGGAGACGAAUGGGGCGAGGAGGACACGCGUUUUCUGUAUGGCGCGUUCAACGCCCUCUCCCUCCUGGGCCUGCUCUCCCUCGUGGACGUCGACAAGGCCGUCGCGCACAUUGUCGCCUGCACCAAUUUCGACGGCGGGUACGGCGUCAGUCCCGGCGACGAGUCGCACUCAGGCCAAAUCUUCACGUGCGUGGCGGCGCUGGCCAUCGCGGGCCGGCUGGACCUCGUGGAGGCGGAUAAGCUGGGCCGGUGGCUUAGCGAGCGGCAGGUUGCUGGUGGCGGGUUGAAUGGCAGGCCAGAGAAGGACGAGGAUGUGUGUUAUAGCUGGUGGGUGUUGAGUAGUCUCGAGAUUAUCGGGCGGACACACUGGAUUGAUCGGGGGAAGCUUGUGGCGUUCAUUUUGCGGUGUCAGGAUCAGGAGUUGGGGGGCAUUUCGGAUCGGCCUGGGAAUACGGUCGAUGUGUGGCACACGUGUUUUGGGAUGACGGGGUUGAGUUUGUUGGGGUAUCCGGGGACGGUGGAGGUUGAUCCGGUGUAUUGUAUGCCGAAGCCGAUUGUUGAUCGGGUGUUGGGGAGGAAGUUGUCAUGAGCUGUUGAGAGGGAUACAGACUCUUUGCCCGACUUGACAGGGGGGCAUACGGUUGAAGGCAGACAUCUGAUACGCGUUCACUUCCGUGACUUACAGACUUGUGGCCUGCGACGGGAGUAGAGAUAUGAGGAUACAGGGCGAGAGCGAAGCAAACGGUGUUAGCAUCUUCAUGUGCUGCGUCGUCGCACUCACGACUCGCUUUGAGAUGGCUACUUGGGACACUUUGAAGGCUUCAGAUACCCAUGAGAACAACUUAAUGAUAAAUGAAGUAAUACAUGACCGGCUUCUGUCCUGUAACAUACGUAUCGUGCUUUCUUGGAGUUAUAUACGUAACCAAUCUGUCC